UUGCCUCCCUCUCUGCUGCAAAGCGAAAAGAGCAGAAAAAACAGAUGUUCGCUGAAUUUACAUGGCAGUGAAGAAAGUCAGCGCCCAGGUACGCUAAACAUGGCGGCGAUUAAAGCGUUACCGAGCGAGGCUCGACUUGUGGAAGGUUAACGAAGACAUUGUUGAUAACCACAUCCGAAGAGCGGAAGCUGUUCAUCCACAACACUCGUAGUGGUCGAGAACCUGUCCAUUUAUUGUCUCGUGCGGAGUGGAGAGAAGACUUCACUGGAGUUUAAGAGUUUGAGCUGUUUAAUAGGCACCUCGGCAGACAGGUACUAUGAGCAGUGAGCUGAACGUGCCGAUGGGUUCCCCGGCCCCAGGGGUCUCAGAGCGGGCUCCAGACGGUGGGGGGAUGGACUACAGGGACUGGGUGAGACGCAGUUACCUGGAGCUGGUCAGCUCCAACCACCACUCAGUGCAGGCCCUGUCCUGGAGGAAACUCUACCUGAGCCGGGCCAAGCUGAAGGCCUCCAGCAGGACGUCUGCUCUGCUCUCUGGCUUUGCAAUGGUAGCCAUGGUGGAGGUGCAGCUGGAGAUGCAGUACAGUUACCCUCGCGUGCUCCUCAUUGCCUUCAGCGUGUGCACCACCGUGCUGGUGGCGGUGCACCUCUUCGCUCUGCUGAUCAGCACCUGCAUCCUACCCAACGUGGAGGCCGUCAGCAACAUCCACAACCUCAACUCUGUCAGCGAGUCCCCCCAUGAGCGUAUGCACUACUACAUCGAGCUGGCCUGGGGCUUCUCCACAGCCCUGGGCAUCCUGCUGUUUUUAGCAGAGGUGGUGCUCCUCUGUUGGAUCAAGUUCCUGCCCGUAGACUCCAAAAAAGUCACCGCCUGCAGCACCACAGCAGCCAGCGACACGGAUAAGACUCCGACACUCGCACCCGUGCCGCAAAACAGCGGCUGGCAGGCUGCGCUGGCCUCCACCAUCAUCAUGGUGCCAGUGGGGGUGAUUUUUGUGGUGUUCACUAUCCACUUUUAUCGCUCUCUGGUGCGCCACAAGACGGAGCGCCACCACCAGGAGAUCGAGGAACUGCACAAGAUUAAGGUACAGCUAGACGGCCAUGAGAGAGGCCUCCAGACUGUGUGAUAACAUGACUGCAGCUUUAAGGACUUCCCUUUGUCUCUCAUAUUUAUCUCUUUUCUGACAUUUGUUCUGAUCAUUGUUUAUGCCUCGCUUGGACUCGCAGGCAGCGAGCUUUAAAGCUCCUCACUGUGCAACACAUGUCAGACUGCUAAUUUAUUCUUAAGGUUAAGUUGUGUUGUAGGACCUUGUCUGUGUUUUAGUGUGUCAGUCAUGGGUCAUGUAAAAAAGGUUUACAGAAAAAGGGCUAUUAUGUUCUGUGUGCCAUUUUUGUGCCAUGUCACUGUCAAGUUUGGUGAUGAUAGCCGCUUUAAUUUUGGAUCUGGUUUCAUUUAGAGGCUAACAGAUCUCUUAUUGAAUCUUUAAUCUCCUCUCAAGCCUUGCCAGCAAAGAGCUGCGAUCACUUCCACUAGACAAAAUGCAGAAUGCCACUGGGAGCUUAAGCUAACCAAUGUUAAUGUCAUAAUUAAACUUGCCAAAGUAUAAGUUGACUUGACUAUUGUACUCCAUGUAAGCUGGUUUCUGUGCUCAAGCCAAAUAUUAUAUAGUGUGUUAGAAAAAGAAGAACAAUUCUUGAACAAUACUCUUGAAAAAAAAAACGGGAAGACCUGAUACUUAUGUGCUUAUGUUUUGUGUUUGUAUUAUGCAAUUGAAACGGUAGAUUUGAAGACACUGCAAUUAAAAAAUGUUUUAUUGCAAGAAAAAUACAUUUGUGAUAAAUAAUGAAUUCAAAAUCUUUAGGGGGGGGUCAGCAAAAAGUAUAGUAUUCAAUAGUAAUUAUUGUAUUAAACAGUUUUAGAUUUGCAAACAAAACUACAUUUUACAUCACAAAUGUAUUUUACUUGCAACAAAACAUUUUUUAAUUUCAGUUUUGAUUGCAUAAUAAAGAUAAAGUAACACUAUAUCUAAUCCUGUGCAAAAUGUUUUACAUAAAAUGGAUUCAAUAAGAGAUUCAAAAAGAUUCAAUACUAGUUUCCGAUUUAAGAAAAUGCUUUCCAACUCACUUGCAUAGUGAGUGCAGGUCACACUGUUGUUUACACUCAAACCUGCUCCUCAGUCAGGCUCACAUUUCAUAAAUAACUGAGCUUGUUUUAACUGUAAGGUCAUGCCUCACACUGCAAGGAACAUGAUGUCUGUUUCACUCCUUUCUGGCUGUUCGAGGGCAUUUAUUCAGUCUUAAAGAAAAUGUUUCAUUCUUGUAAAAUUGUUGGGAGGUUGGCGUCACUGUUUUUACAUCCAAAACUUCAGACAAGCCUCAAAUGUUUUGUAAUUUUUCCUCCUUUAAAUAGCUUUUAUUGUCUUUUACAAAGACCCUGGCGCCUGUGUAAAAGGUGUCAAGCCAAUUAAUUCUGCAUACUGAUGCUGCUCAAAGUGCUUCAAUAUGAAUGUGUUACUGUCCAAAUAUAGUUCUGCCUUACAGAAUUAUUACCUUUUAUGAACUGCUGUUUUGCUAAAGGUCAUAACACAAGCUGAUGUUUUUUUCUGCUAGGAAUGUAGUUGAGCGUGACAAAGUUUAAACCAAUGAAGUUUAAAUGUUGAGUUGGAGAAAGGCCCGACAGGCUGGAGGAAAAGUCAGAAUGUUAAAAUAUGAAAUGAGAACAUGUGUAAUCAGCAUGAUGUUGUGGCCUCCUGUUUAUAUAGUCAAAACUUAGGUGUGAGGUAAUCAACACACACACACACUAAGCAUUUUCUUGGAUAAGGUCUGAGUAUGUUACUGUUUAAAAAAAAAAAGGAAAAUGCACCAACCUGUUAUUACAUUCCAAAUACGAUGACUGACCAAAGUGUUGCUCAUUUGUUUGUUUCUUGCGUCUUAAAAGAGACAAAAGUGCACUUGUAGUUUAGUCGUACCAUGUGUGAGUGUGGGGGUUCUUAUCAGAGAAUAUACUGCUUUGUCUCGUGUUCGUGGAUUUGUGCUUCUUAAUAAUGGAAAGUCAGGCCUUUGUUGGAAUGAAAGUGACAGCUUGCAACAGACUUUCAAAAUAAAAAACAAAAUUAAAGUUCU